AUGUCAACCUGUGGCAGGUCCUCUCUACACCACCUGCAUCCCUCCCACCAUUGCCACCAUUAUACCACAGUUUGUUCCUCCCUCUGCCUUCUCUUGCAUUCAUUCAAUGAACAUUCUUUGGCAGCUUCAUUAUGCAAUAUGCAUUUGCAGAAGAUGCAUGCUCAAAGUUUUAAUGAUGAUUUCGGCAUGGAUGGGUGGCAGGAUGACAGUAAAAAUUUGUUUCCACCAUUUCUUUUUUCUUUCUUUUUCUCUUUCUUGUCAUCAUCGCCAUCAUCUUUGGUCUCAUCCCUGCAUCCUUUUCCUACUUUUACUACCCUGUCCCACCAUGCCAUCAGCAUCUCAAAAGAGACUACUGUCACCCACCUCACAUCCAUCUGCAUAUCAACCACCCACCAUCACCCAAGUAUUACCUACCCACAUACAACACCCAAACAUCAACCUUGCCUACAAACCCUGACUUUGCAGCCACUAUCAUCACUUCAACUUUCUCUGACACAAUUUUCUCUGAUUCCUUAUGACCACACUUUUACCCAUCCAAACUUACUCACUCUCUCUCUCUCUCUUCUCUUAACUUCUUUCUUUUCCUUAACAACUGGUCAGUCUUUUUGUCAUCUUCUUCCUAAUUCUUACCUCAGCUGCUUUCACCAGUGCCCCUUCCUCCCCAAACUGUCUACAUACCUUACUCCUCAAAUCUGA